AUUCUCGUCUUUCCGUCCUAUCAUCUGCUGCAGAUCACUGUCCCAUCACUUCUUUGUUUCUUGUCAUCCAUCGAUCCGUCAUGGAACAAAUGGACGUCGACCUCUUGAACUCUUCUCCGGAGUUCCAGGUUGAACUGAUGAACAUGAUGCUACAGUUGCAGAAACUUGCGGAAUCAUCUGAGGCCCUUCCACCCAAUGAUCACCUCUCCGCUGCUCCACCGCGGACGUUCCGUGCUUCUCCCACCGCUCCGGCCUUCCACCACUCCGCCCGUGGCCCAGCCAUGGCGCCGCCGUCGAACAACCUCGCUGAUGCGGAGGCAUCGCUGCUGAGCGGCCCGUCCCUCGCGCACAGUGCUCCGACCUCGACGGCGGGGAUGAGGGACAUGAUGUUCGGCAUCGCCGCGAUGCAGCCGGUGCACGUGGAUCCGGAGUCCGUCAGGCCGCCGAAGCGCCGGAACGUGAGGAUUUCCAAGGAACCCCAGAGCGUGGCGGCGAGGCUCCGGCGGGGGCGGAUCAGCGAGCGCAUGCGGGUGCUGCAGCACAUGGUGCCCGGCGGGACCAAGAUGGACACGGCGUCGAUGCUCGACGAGGCCAUCCACUACGUCAAGUUCCUGAAGACGCAGGUGCAGUCUCUGGAGCUGGCAGCGGUGAGCCAGGGCAUGGGUCGGCCGCCGCCUCCGGCUGCAGGAUUCACGUCGUCCGACGGCAGCUACUCGUGCUUCCAUACCAUGUAUCAGCUGCAGGAUCAAGGGUUCGUGAACUUUGCCGAUGUGUAACGAGUCAGUCGAGUCGCUAGUGAUGAGUUCUGCGAAGUGGUGUCGUUGAUGAAGAAGAGUCCAUGCGCCGGACUCUUCCACCCUUCCUCUGCGUGUUACAUCGUGUAUGUCCACUUGUGUGUGCAGUGAUACCCACACCAUGUUUUGUCUCUGUAUGCUGUCAAUAGAAUUCUGGGAGUUCUCUCUCGAUCU